AUGGACGUCCAAGACAACCAGGAUGAGACGGACGACCUUCUGUCUCAUAUACCUAAUGCAAUGUUACUCGACGAUGGUGGUCAUCCUAGAUCUGAUCCGGGUGCGAGUGACAACUCCAAGAUUUCAUUACCAGCCGAAAUGUCCAAUUCGGUUCCGUUUCACCAACGAAAAUGGACGCGACUCCGUCGACACUACAAUGAUCAAUACCUCGAAUUGUUCAGGAUGUACCCUGGAGACGGUGGGGAGGAGGCUUUUGAUGAUGAGUUAAUCCCUACUCAGUUGGGGGCUGUUGUUUGGCAGCCUUCAGAAAAAGCAGCACUAUACCAAGCUCUUUGCCAGAAAGGUCGACACGACUUGCAAGGCUUGUCUGCGGCGAUCGGCACCAAAUCUGAGGUUGAAGUCAAAGCGUAUUUGGACAACCUGCUGGAGCAAGAAACAGACCGCCAGCUUUUCGAACCUGAAACCAAGAAUGUGUCACACGCUGAUAUACCCGCCGCCAUAGAGAUUGGUCCUGAGUGUGAAACUUUGCUUGACCAGGCCGCCGAUGCUCUUGCAGCUUUCCAGGAGCAGUAUGAUCACGCCGUCGGUCUGCGAAACACAGCACUAUGGCUCAUCGACCAAACUACGGCAUCCGAGCUCGACCAAAAGGCGGACGAGGCUGAAGCUGCAGGUGAUCUUUCUGACCGGGACUCUGGUAAUGAGGACGAUCCAGGUGUAGAUGACGCUACAGGACUGUUCCACCUCUCGACAUUCCUCAGUCUCAGCAAGCAAUACUUCAUGAAUCAAGGCUCCGAUGGCCCGGAUCAGUGGGACACCCUUGCUGAAGAAGGGCAGGGGCCUACUAUGACCAUGGACGUUGUGACAAGUUUCUACGAUCUUGUGGUCAACUUCACCAGGAGAUUGGUACAAUCUUGUCUUUUUAUGGCACAAUGUCGCAUCAGAUCCUCGACGGCCAAUGGCCAUAAGCCCUCAAAGGUAGUCAGAUCCGGAGACGUGACAGCUGCCUUGUCGGUGCUGGGUGUCAAGAAAAACGCGGACACUUUCUGGAUUGGCAUGGCCAGGAGGAACAACUUGGCAGUGGUUCCAAACUCUACCAAGAGGCGUAGCCGUCGUCAACACCUCAUGUCAUACGAAGAAGUCGAAGCAAGACUCUCAAACCCCCGGCGAAGGAGGUCGAUAUCAACAACUGCGUCCGAAGCCUCGAAUAAGGGAAGUCGUGCGUCUUCAGUCGAUUCUUUUGAUGGCAGUGAAUUGGAUACAAAUUUCGAAGGAAGCUCUGGCGUGGAAAGUGAUGUUGCUGCCGAUGCUAUCGACGAGGUUGCUUCCCCUGGACGUGAAGGUGAUGACGAAGUCUUUGGUAGCUCUGACGAGCCGGGCACAUCGUCUAGCUCAGAAGGGGACGCAGAGCCGAAUGUGCCAUUGUCAAGGCAAGACCGGAUCCAGCUUCUCGAAGAAGAACAAGACGACUAUAUGGAACGGAUGGAUCAAGAGGCGAGAAAGCUGGAAGAAACACGUCUACUGCAGUUGUUAGGUGCUCGAUCCGAGGAAAUGGUCAAGUCAGAGGAAAGUCCUGGCUUGGGGGCGCGUCCAAGAGUGAUGAGGAAGACGGCACAAGAAUGCGCGGGCUGGUCAGUGCAGUAUCAGGCUGAAUGGGAAUCCUUUGGAGAGGUGUUGCCAUCGGAGAGUUUCGCAGGAGAUGGACCUCGUGCUAAACGGAGAAGAUUGGAUGUCGACAGCAUCGAAUACGCGCAGGAACUUUGA